CGUCGUCGUCGUUCGUUGCUUCCCCUCUACUGUAGAGUUGAAAGCUCUAUAACUUCACCAUAUUAACGAUAUUAACAGAAAAUGGCCACCGCUAUGGACGUGGAGGAGAUCAACCCGGAUCAGGAGAUAGACUUCUGCACUCUUGGGAUGUUCAUUCUUGAUGAAAUACAAUACCCCCCCCCCCAACCACCUCAACACAACAUCCUCGGCGGCGCCGGCACCUACUCCGCCCUCGGCGCGCGCCUCGCCUCCCCCGCCCCCCACCUCUCUAAAAAAGUAGGCUGGAUAGUCGACCGCGGCUCCGACUUCCCCCCCUCCCAGACCUCCCACCUCAACACCUGGCAAACCUCCUGCCUCCUCCGCACCGACCCCACCCGCCUCACCACCCGCGCCCUAAACAGCUACUCCUCCCCCACCGACCCCCAACACCGCGCCUUCCGCUACACCACCCCGAAGCUCCGGCUCGAACACCAUGACCUCCUCGACUCCCCCGCUCUCCUCCACGCCAAGUCCUUCCACCUCAUCUGCUCCCCCUCCCGCUGCAUCAGCCUCGUCACCAACAUCCUCUCCUUGAGGCGACAAACCCUCUACCCCCUCUCCCCCCCCAAACCCCUCUUCAUCUGGGAACCAGUCCCAGACUGCUGUCUCCCCACCGAACUCCUUGCCACCACCGCAGCACUAGGUUACGUCGACAUCUGCUCACCCAACCACUCCGAACUCGGCACCUUGAUGAGCUCCCCCGCCUCCCUCCCAGAUGGCUCGGUAGACCGAACCUUCGUCGAAGACGCAGCCGAGAUGCUAUUGGCCUCCAUGCCCCUCUCCGCAGUCGCCAUCAUCGUCCGCUGUGGCGCAGACGGAUGCUACAUAGCGCAAAACGGCGGGCGCUCAGCCCCAACACACCCUCGGCCAACACCCUCCUCAAACUCGAACUUCGCAUCCCCUCCCCCCCUUCCUCCGAAGAAAGCGAAGAAAAUCCGCGGCGGAGGAUUGGCCUUAACGGCGGAUAUAGACAUGAUGUCCCUCUUCGCCGACAUUCCCUCCUCCCCCACCUCCACCUCCCCCACCUCCUCCGAACCGGGAGAAGAUGACGACAUCUCAACCCGCGACUUCGGCCUCUCAUCCUGGCUCCCAGCCUACCACACCAACUCCGCAAAGGUCAUCGACCCUACGGGGGGUGGAAACGCCUUCCUCGGCGCGCUAACAAUAACGCACGCCCGUGGAGCGGGACUGGAAGAGGCCGCGCGGUGGGGGAAUGUGGCGGCGAGUUUGGCUAUUGAGCAAGUUGGGAUGCCGGUUCUUAGUUUUGAUGAGAAGGGGGGGGAGAGGUGGAAUGGGGUGGAUGUUGGGGAGAGGAUGAGGGAGUUGGAGGGGCGGGGUGGGGGUGGGGAUGAGGGGUUGGCGGGGAGGAUGGCGGGGGUGUCGAUAUAGAAGGGCGUGGUGGUGGGAUGGAGAUGGGCGUUUGGAGAGGGGGUUUUGGGAUUUAGAUUUUUGAGAGGGAAGGAGGGUGGAUUGGAUUCGUGGUAGAUGUUGUUGCGCCGUGCCGUCUCAUUGAUUUGCCAGCCAGAUAUCCACAUCCACAUCCAUCCUCACUCGGACAACUCGCCACUAAUACUACCAUUCUUAUAUAGCGUUGAAAAGGCGCCUUUGGAGCAAGCAGACACAUAGAUAGAUAGACAGAC